ACAGGUUUUUGAAUUUCGCGCUAUGACAGACAGGUGCGCGGAGUGCGUAAGAGACAUCCGAACUAACGUGUAGCCAUCGAAACAAAUGUGCCCUAUUUAAAAAUUUUAUUUUACCAAUUAUUUACUCUACUCAUUAAUAAUUUUAAAUUUGUCUGAUAUCUCCUACAUUUACUCUCAUCAUCAGGAUCUGCGUCAUAGACACCCGGCCGUCAGGAAUAAUGACAUCAGCAGACAGCUUAAAUUUUUUUUUCCCGAUUAAACUCAAUAUUGAUGUCAAUAAAUUUAAAAUUUAAAAAUUCUCACCAAGGAAUUUUGAAUAAUUUAAAUAGCAGUAAAUUAAAAAACCACGUGACCAAAUUGACAUCCGAUCGCUAGCAUGAAAAGUCACCUUGAAAUCUAGUGUCCUAAAAAUUGUAGAGAUUUCGCAUUAAUAAAUCUAAAUGUUGGUUACUAUGAUAUUGAUUGAAGCGGAGCCAGAUGACAAAAAGAAUAUGAAGGCAACUUCAGUUAAGUAAACUUGUUUUGCUGUCGGCUUUUUGAUUUUAAUUCAAAAAAUACGAUUUAUUGAUGAAGUGAAAAAAAAUAUUUAUUGCUGUUAUCUGAAGAUCACAAUCCCAGACUUGUUCCUGCAGUUUUUAUUCACUUGUAAUUAUUUAUUGAAAGGUUAUUAGUGAAUUGAACCAUGGUUUUAACCAAAGAGUAUCGUAUUUGUAUGCCACUGACUGUGGAAGAAUACCGUAUCGGGCAGCUUUACAUGAUUGCUAGACACAGUCAUGAGCAGUCAGAUGCUGAUGAAGGUGUCGAGGUUGUUGAGAACAGCGAAUGUGAAGAUCCCAUUCAUGGAAAGGGACAAUUUACUGAAAAAAGAAUCCAUCUUUCCAGCAAACUUCCGUAUUGGAUCCAAGCAUUGAUACCAAGAAUUUUUUAUGUUACUGAAAAAGCAUGGAAUUAUUAUCCUUUUACAAUAACAGAAUACACAUGUUCAUUUAUUCCAAAAUUUCAAAUAUCUAUCAAAACUCGUUACGAAGACAACAAUGGCUCGUCUGAAAAUUGUUUAGGUUUAACGCCAGUAGAAUUAAUCCACCGGGAAGUUGAUUUCAUUGAUAUCGCGUAUGACGAAUUGUCAGCGAAACAUUACAAAGAAGAAGAGGAUCCUAAAUUUUACCAGUCGAAGAAAACAGGAAGAGGACCAUUAAUAGAAGGCUGGCGUGAAACCACACAGCCAAUAAUGUGCUCUUACAAACUCGUCGAUGCAUCAUUUGAGGUCUGGGGGAUGCAAACUCGUGUUGAAGAUUUCAUUCAAAAGUGCAUAAGAGAUAUUUUACUGCUGGGACAUCGCCAGGCGUUCGCUUGGAUUGACGAGUGGCACGACAUGACUCUCGACGACGUCCGGGAGUAUGAGAAAAAAAUGCACGCAGCGACAAAUGAAAAAAUUCAGCCUAAAACAGAACCAGCUAAUCCGUCACAACCACAAACGCCAUCAGGAUCGAUCCCUUCUUCCCCAAAAAGUCCUACCGCGUCGGCGAAUCGCUCCUGGUUUUCUUGGUCAUAACUGAAAUCAAAUGUCAAUCCACAAUACAUUGGUACUAAUACUAAUGUGCCUGAUCGCGCAACCUGGGUUUAAAUGUUAUUGUUUAUGUAAAUAUUAUUUUAAGUUUGAUUAACGAAAUGUUGUAUUUAAAUAUAAUGUUCUUAAUUAACCAGCCUUCGUUUAUGUAUACAGUAAUAACCCAAGCAGCGAAAAAAAUUGCUGACUUGAAGGUAUUCGUACACAGUCCCCCCUCCCACUUUUUAAAAAUAUUCAAUGACAGCUGUCAUAAUUUUAUUCAAAUUUCAUUAAUUAAUUAAUCAAGAAUAAAUUAGAACUUUAAUAGAAAAAAGGACAAUUUUGCCGGGAUAUAGAAUUUUUAAAAAAUUACAGUUGACAGCAAUUAGGAGUCGAAAAAAAUAUGAUGAUCAAAUUUUACCCUGCAAACUUGAAAAAUUUUAAUUGUACAAUUGACAUCAAAAUUUUACUGAAAUUUAUCUGACACAUUUCGUUUAUCUCCAAAUUGAUGUCAAUUGUAAGUAAUUUUUUUUGUAAUCUGUAGUAAAAUUGCAGUGACGUUGUCCUUUUCUUAAUUAAUGCUUUAAAUUUCUUUAAACUUAAUUAAUAAAAUUUUAAUAUUGAUGACAAUUUAAAAUAAUUAAAUAUUUUUAAAAAGUGGAGGGGAUUGUUUUAGAACAAAAAGGCAAUUUUUUUUCUGUCACUUGGGAAAAAAAAAUCUUUUAUUUAAUAAAUUAAAGAUUUUUUUCUACGGCUGUUGAAGAAUAAAUUACGUAGAAUUUAUCAGUAAAAUUUAUAUUUAUAUAAAUCUCCAUUGUGUUCUAUUGUUUAAAAAAAAAAAAAUAUGUAUAUGAUAUAAGAAAGUAAUAUGCGUUAAAAUGUAAAUUAAACUAAUUGAUAACUCACACGUUAUAUCAUUGCUUGCACGGUAAUUAUUUAAAAUAAA